GAUAUGACCUUCCCUGAGAGGUCUUCUUAGCUUCUUAUUUGAAAAACUUUCAUUCUAACAUGAAAAAAAAUAGUUUUUUUAUCAUUCUUGUAAGCUAGUGUCAGUUGUUAUUAACAACAAAAAGUGUAAAUAAUCAAGAGAAUUUUAUGAAUGACUUCCAUUAUAAAGACUGUGCGGUGAGAAAGCUUUCUUCUUUUUUUCAAUUUUUCAAAAUUUCAUUUUGCAUCGAUUUUGUUUUCUAUAAAUACAAGUUAAAACUGCUACGGCAAACCCAUUUCCCUACCAAAGAAUGGAUCGAAAUGUUACGCGCAACAGUUAUAUUGAUUCUACUCUACUCAUGGUUAGUAACUACCGGCUGCAGUGCCUCACAAUCCAAUGCAAAUUUAGAAAUUGAUGAAAAUGUUACACCUCUAUACAAUGCUACGGCGAAUAAACAAACGCCUGUUGAUCGUGUCGUGAAUCAGGUGAAGAAAAUUGUGAAUGAUUUGCGUAACAAAACUGAGACGACUUUCAAACAAUGGACCAGGCCGAAGAAACCAAUAACGUUGACCAAUACAAAGAAAACAAACAAGCCAUUGGCGCAGGAACAAGUAACGUCGAAUAAGACCCAUGUUGUUAAAUCGAAACCCACAAAGCGGCCGAGAUACCAUUAUUAUGGGGCAUUGAAUAGGCGAUUCUAUGAAGAUACUAUACAACCGCCGGAGAUCAUUGAAAACUGAUACCAAAAAAUAUAGUUUGUGCAUCAAAAGUGUUAAUGUUUGUUAACAAGA